UCCAAGGGCGCCACGUCGAACAUUAUAGAGGGAAUGAUGGCCCGCUCACUCGUGACUCGACCUCUCGUAUAAGUUGCAGUCUUCUUUUCUUCCAUCUGUUAAUUUUCUGAACAUUCCUUUAGGUAUAAUGGAAAAGUUGUGCGCUCUCAUCGUCGCUUCUCUAAUCUUUGGCCCGCCGUUUGUAACAAGAGCAACAGCUUUGAGGAGCCGUGAUGGAUUAGAGGAAUGGGGAUAUGUUGAAGUUAGACCUAAAGCCCACAUGUUCUGGUGGCUUUACAGGAGUCCCAACAGAGAAAAAAAUGCCUCCAAGCCAUGGCCAAUCAUUCUCUGGUUGCAAGGAGGUCCUGGUGCUUCAGGAGCUGGCUAUGGAAAUUUUGAAGAGAUUGGGCCUCUUGAUGUCAACUUGAAGCCACGAGACUCCACAUGGUUGAGGAUAGCCGAUCUGCUGUUUGUGGAUAAUCCAGUUGGAACUGGAUUCAGUUUCGUGGAGCAUCCGAAACUGCUCGCGAAAACAGAUGAGGAAGCAGCAACUGACUUGACUACUUUGUUGAUUAAGAUAUUCAAAAAGAAUAAAAGCCACCGAAAGAGUCAUCUCUACAUUGUGGGAGAGUCUUAUGGUGGUAAGUUUGUGGUUACCCUUGGAUUAUCCGCUCUCAAAGCCAUUGAAGCUGGGAAGUUGCGACUCAAACUUGGAGGUGUGGCAUUAGGGAAUAGUUGGAUUUCCCCAGAAGAUUUUGUGCUCUCGUGGGGUCCACUUCUCAAAGACGUCUCGAGACUCGAUGACUAUGGGCUGCGAAGAUCAAACAGUAUAGCUCGGAAAAUCAAGAGGCAACUUCAGGAUGGCCAAUUUUUUAAUGCCACAAAUUCAUGGCUCGAUCUUGAGGGGGAGAUAUCAUAUAGCAGCUACGGAGUGAGCAUGUACAAUUUCCUGUUGGAUGAGGAAGAUUCGGGAGUUUUAUCAGGAAUUGAAGCGAGAUCACCCCAAAGAACCGUGAGGAAACGCUACUCCAGUUAUUUGAAAGCAUUGUGGUCUUCAACAGGUGGUGGUGGGGAUGUUGGGAGUUUGUUAAACGGUGCCGUCAGGAGGAAGCUGGAGAUUAUUCCGGAGAAUGUUACAUGGCAACUUCUGGCAGACCCUGUAACCCAUCGUUUUGACGGUGAUUUUAUGAAGCCCAGAAUUGACGAGGUUGACGAGCUGCUAGCAAAGGGAGUGCAUGUAACCGUGUUCAAUGGACAACUGGAUGUGAUUUGUGCGACCAAGGGAGUUGAAGCAUGGAUCAGGAAGCUCAAGUGGGAGGGGCUUCCGAAAUUCCUAGGCAAAGAAAGGGAGCUCUUGACCGGGAGGUGUGGGAGUGACAAAAAUAUCAGCAAAGGCUUCCUCAAGUCUCACAAAAACCUUCAUUUCUAUUGGAUUCUUGGUGCUGGCCAUAUGGUGCCUAAGGACCAACCAUGUAUGGGCUUGAUUGUGGCGUCUGCUAUUACACAUCCAUGACAACCUGCUUCUACUUGAUUCAUAAGGAGAUAUAUAGCGCAACAUAAAUAGACUACGUACGUAUAGACUGUGUGUGUAUGUGAACAGUAAGAAUCGGAGCAAGAUUAAGCAAAAGAACAACCAUAAACUUGUCGUGUGUGUGUUUGUAACAGAGAGAUGUAGCAAAACUCUAUCCAAGUUCUGCAAUGUACUGAUUACGAAGUUAUGAUUAACAUAUUUUUAGCAA